GUAGCGCCUUUGGUCAGCGACGUCCUCCGCUGACUGAAUUGAUCGCGAGUAUUUUGGUAAGAUAUCCGGAUGGUGGACAGAUUUUGAAGGUAUAUAUAAUAUAACGGUUUCGUAUGUAUACCAUUGCGAAACUCGUGUUAAAAUAUUCAUGAAGAAAACACAAAAGAAAUCAUGACCUGAAAGAGUUUGUAUAUCUGAUACAAAAUCAUGCUGAUUUACAUAAACUUUAAAUUCAAUUUUCUCACCGGCCAAAUAUCAUUCAUUUAUUUUAAUUGUUGAACUACGAAUGUUCUCGUCAAAACGUCUCACAAGCCAUUUAGAACAUUCUCGUCCGUGUUGUGUCGGAUCAGUAUGCAAACUCUCGAAGGCUCGAGUUUGUAUAUCCGACUGAUACAACAAGGCCGCUCUGCAUGUUGAAAAUAGUACAUACGUAACUAGGAAACAACUGAAGAUAUUACUUAUAUCUGUUUGACUAGGAAUUGAUUCAAAAUGCUGAUGAUGCAGGAGCAACAGAAGUUAAAUUUCUUUAUGAUGAUAAAACGUAUGGCACACAGUCACUUGUCACGCCGAAGUUAGACAAGUUCCAGGGCCCUGCGCUAUACUGCUACAAUAAUGCCGUGUUUGAAAAAGAAGACUGGAAUGGUAUUCAGAACCUCAUGCGUAGUAACAAGAAAGAAGAUCCUUUAAAAGUUGGACGGUUUGGUAUUGGGUUCAACUCAGUUUAUCAUAUUACAGGUAAUUCAGAAUAA